UGGAAUGCACCCAGCAGCUCUGUUAGGCUGGGGAAAGAGUAGUGCAGGUGUCAGGAUGGCGACAGCAGGAUUAUCUCGGUCUCUGGUCCGCACUGUGAACGAACUGCUGAAGAAGAGAAGAUAUCGAACUGCUCUUGCUGUGAUCAAGGGCUUCCGCAAUGGAGCUGUGUACGGAGCAAAAAUUAGAGCCCCACAUGCUCUAGUGAUGACAUUCCUGUUCAAAAGUGGAAGCUUGCAGGAGAAAAUAAAAGCCAUUCUUCAGGCAACAUUCACACAUUCCAGGAACCUGGCUUACUUUGUGUUAACCUAUAAAGGGCUCUUGGCUACACAGGAAAAGCUUCAUGGGAGCCGGUGGCAGUUCCAUUCGUUCCUGGCUGCAAUGGUUGGUGGCUGGCUAGUGUUUGGUGAUAACAAUCACAUCAACAGCCAGAUCAAUAUGUACUUAUUGUCACGUGUCCUCUUUGGUCUGUCUCGACUGGCAGUAGAGAAAGGCUAUAUACCUGAACCCAAACAUGAUGUGUUCCCUCUGUUCUCUGCCUUGGUUUGGGGUUUUGUGCUCUGGAUGUUUGAAUAUCACAGACACACCCUUCAGCCAUCUCUGCAGUCCUCCAUGACAUACUUGUACGAUGACAGUAAUAUCUGGCAUGACAUCAGAGACUUCUUAAUAUACAACAAGGCCAAACCAACCAAAUAACCUCUUUAGGUUUUUACAGCAGAGGUAGCUAACAUUUGUGGGUCAUCUUCAAUCAGAUACUUGAUGCUGUAAAUCAACUACUCUUUGUGGAGCCACAUGUUCCCUAUCCCUGCAUUCUAUGUCCUAUACCACAAAUAAAUACAUAAAUUACCAGGUACCCUCCUACCUGGUAAAAUGGAAAA